CCCUCUCCUGCUGCCCACUUGCAACCAUUGAUGCRAUCGGCCACCGCAGCGGCGAGGGUGCUUUUCCCGGCACCGGGCCCCCCGGCCACCCCGAUCCAGMACCGUCCGUCCAAUCCCGUCCCCUUCCCGGAUCGGUACAAUCCCACGGCUCUCUCGGCUAGGCGUUGGUACGUGGAUUCCAUGGCGGCAUCGGCUGGUGCUUUGUUCACCACCGGCGGUGGCUGNGUGAUCGGGACCGUCYUCCUGGCCGUCGGCCUGGAAAAGUUCAUCCAGCAGCGCCGCAAGACCAUGGCGUACAUGGAGGCCGGGCCGCGGCGCCUGGUGGUCUCGGCCGUCUUUUACGGAAUCCAGCUGACGAUCGGCUACCUCCUCAUGCUGGUCAUUAUGAUCUAUUCCGUYKCCCUCUUUGCGUCGGUCAUCCUGGGCCUGGUCCUCGGGCACGUCAUGUUCAACGCCAAGGACGCGAUCUGGCCCAUCCACGAGCUCCCCGGCUUUGACGACCUCGGGUCCGACUCGGGCAUCGACGACGAGAGCGAGUCCGGGGUCAACCUCUCCGAGAUGGACUCCCCGCUCGGCUCCCCCAAGGCCGCAAAGGCUGCCGGGAGCGCCAGCGGCAGCGCCACCACGGCCUGCGGGAACUCCCGGAGCUGCACCAGCGGCAGAAGCAGCAGCGGCGGCGGGAGCUUUUGCAACGCCAGCACCAGCAUCAGCACCCGGUUCUCCGGGGCGUCCGGCGGGGAGGAGCGGGCCAUGCGGGAGGGAUCCACGCACUGCCAGGACUUUGACUGCGACACCAUCCACCAGGAGCAAGAGCAGCAGCAGCAGCAGCAGCAACACCAACACCACCAGCGGCACCAUGCCCCCAACUACGAGUACGAGUACUACGGCUCGAUGGGCGAGACGCGGGUCGGGGGCCUUGCGGCGGGCAAGGCCUCUCCUCCUCCACCGGCGGCGCCCGGCAGCAAGAAGAAGAAGAAACCCCUCCACCACGGCGUCCCGGAGGGGAGCACCCCUUGUUGCCAGCACGGUUUAUAACACGGUGCGAGCAACCCCGUGCCGUGCCGUGCCGCAAAAGUAAAGUAGUUCGAGCUAA